UUGAAAGAAGACACCUUCUUCAUGGAAUCAGAUGCUAAAGUAUAGGACAUAUUUUGAAACAUUUCUCUCUCUCAAAUCAGAAAAUAAAUGUUCGUUUUUGACCUAAAAAUAUAAGAAAUUAUAAUAAAUUCUUCUUCUUCUUCUUUUUUUUUUUUUUCUUUUCUUUUCUUUUUCUCCUAAUGAUUUUAUAAUAUGCUGCCAUAUUUAAGUCCACAAGAGGGAAAGCUGGUGCCAAAGCAUCCAAAUCUGUAUCAGGUGUCAAAUUUAGUAUCAUUUCCAUUUGCGGAAGACUCAUAAUAUCCGAUUUGAUGAUCACGACAGGUUGCUUCCUUUUUUUGUUUGUUUUUAUAUCUCCAGUCUGACGUGUUUUGUGGGGUCGUGGUGAAAGACUGACGAGGUCUCCUUUGUAUCCUAUUUGGAUUUGUACCCACAUGUUAUGGCGUACUUGUAUGGGGAUUGAAUGAAGUAAUGAAUCCCCAGAGUUGUUGGUCAGGUUGUCACUCUUUCUUCUUGAAUAACAGAUACAACUUUUAAAGAAAAGAAUACCCAUCUACCUAUCUUUUCAAAUUCAUAAAUUCUCUAAUUAAUUCUGUUUUUCAAUACCCUUUUAAAGACUGUAACCUCCAACCCUCUCCUCCUUUAAUAUUACCCCUCUUUGUUUCUGUUUAGUUUUGGGAUUUGGUGUUUUAAGUUUUAACUGUAUUUCUCAUAAUAUUAAGCUGAGAAGAAAAGGGGUUUAGUUUCUGCUGCUUUCCUAACUUUAGUAUACCAGCAAAGCAAUAUGGCGGGUUUACCUUUUCCUCCUAGUUUUGUGUCCAUCAUGGACACUGUCAACCCUAUGUGGCUAGCAUCUAUCUUUUCUGGUAUCAUCAUGUGCAUAAUUGUAUACAAAUUAACAGGUGUUCUGAGCCUUUUGUGCUUCAAUGGAUAUGGCAAACUCACCAAAGCACAAAAAAUUGAAUGGAACAACCGGGGAUUCUCCACAUUUCAUGCAAUUGUUGUAGCAUCAGCUUCUUUCUACCUCUUGAUGUUAUCAGGCCUUUUUGAUGAGGAUUCCCAUGAUGAAUUGAUCAUCAAUAGAAGCUCAGACAUAUCAAACUCUGUAUUGGGGGUUUCCAUUGGCUAUUUUCUGGCUGACCUGGCAAUGAUUCUUUGGUAUUUUCCAGCUUUGGGUGGUUUGGAGUACGUCCUUCAUCAUGGGCUAUCUGUGUACUCGAUCAUUCUAGCCCUUCUAAGUGGUCAAGCACAGAUUUAUAUACUGAUGAUUCUUUUCUCUGAGAGCACAACUCCUUUCGUCAAUUUAAGAUGGUACUUGGAUGUUGCUGGUCAGAAGAGCUCGAAAUUGUACGUCAGCAAUGGAGUCCUCUUGUUCCUCGGGUGGUUGGUUGCGAGGAUUAUUUUGUUCAUCUGCUUCUUCACUCACAUGUUCAUCCACUUUGAUCAGGUGAAGAAAGUCUUUCCCUUGGGCUUCUACAGCUUGCUUUCGGUGCCACCCGUGUUGGGAGUAAUGAAUGUGGUUUGGUUUUGGAAGAUAGCAAGAGGCCUGAUUAAAACUCUUUCUAGAGCUAAAAACCACAGUCAGUGAUCUCACCAUUUUUAGUGGGAAACCAGUUAUUAAAAUUAUUUGUGUGACUUGUUUAGUAGAUAAUCAGUUAUAUUAAUAAAUUAUUUAUUUUAAAGUAA